UGAAUUAUGUUGAUGUCUAACAAUUCAUAUGUGGCACCAGAAUAUUUUAUUCUUAAUGGCAUUCCUGGUCUGGAAAGUGUGCACGUAUGGAUCUCCCUUCCUCUCUGUGCAAUGUACACCAUCUCCCUCGUGGGGAACCUUGGCCUUGUGUACCUCAUUCGAGCUGAGGAAUCCUUGCAUCGUCCAAUGUACUUCUUCCUGGCCAUGCUCUCCCUCAUCGACCUCUUCACCUGCACCACGACUCUACCCAAUGCACUCUGCAUCUUCUGGUUCAAUCUCAAGGAAAUUAACUUCAAUGCCUGUUUAGUCCAGAUGUUCUUUGUCCAUGGGUUCACAGGGGUGGAGUCUGGUGUCCUCAUGCUCAUGGCUCUGGACCGCUAUGUGGCCAUUUGCUACCCAUUGCGUUACUCAACGAUCCUCACGAAUCCUGUCAUUGCCAAAGCUGGCCUUGCAACCUUCCUAAGAGGUGUGAUGCUGAUGAUUCCUUUCCCAUUCUUGGUCAAACGCUUGCCCUUCUGCCAAAGUAAUAUUAUCUCCCAUACGUAUUGUGACCACAUGUCGGUGGUAAAGCUAUCCUGUGCCAGCAUCAAAAUCAAUGUCAUCUAUGGUUUGAUGGUUGCUCUCUUGAUUGGAGUGUUUGACAUCUGUUGUAUCUCUGUGUCUUACACGAUGAUCCUCCGGGCAGUGAUCAGCCUCUCGUCAGCAGAUGCUCGUCAGAAGGCCUUCAGCACCUGCACUGCUCAUAUUUCUGCCAUCAUCAUCACCUAUGUUCCAGCGUUCUUCACUUUCUUUACACAUCGUUUUGGGGGACACACCAUUCCCCCUUCUCUUCACAUCAUUGUGGCUAAUCUAUAUCUGCUUCUUCCCCCCACACUGAACCCCAUUGUUUAUGGAGUUAAGACAAAACAGAUUCGAGACAGUGUCAUAAAACUCUUCCACGGUGAAAAAUAUGCAAGCUGA